AAAUCAAAUUUGACUUUUUAUCAUUUCUGUAUUGCUAGCACUAGGUGAAAACAGACGCGUCAGUUUCACUUCUGUUUGAUCUGGUUCUUUCUUGCUUCUCAGGUGAACCUCACAUGGUUCUAUCCUUUCAGGGUAGCAGCCCUGUUAGUCUGUAUCGGCAGAAAGAACAGGAGUACUUGUGGCACUUUAAAGACUAACAAAUUAUUUGAGCAUAAGCUUUCGUGGGCUACAGUCCACUUCAUCAGAUGCCUAGAAUGGAACAUUUAGUAAGAAGAUAUAUAGAUAGAUAUACACAGAAAACAUGAAAAGGUGGAGUAAGAGGCUAAUUAAUUAAGAUGAGCUAUUAUCAGCAGGAGAAAACAACUCUUGUAGUGAUAAUCAAGAUGGCCCAUUUAGACAGUUGACAAGAAGGUGUGAGGAUACUUAACAUGGGGAAAUAGAUUCAAUAUGUGUGAUGACCCAGCCACUCCCACUCUCUAUUCAAAACUCCCCAGGUUAAUGGUAUCUACUUUGCAUAUUAAUUCAAGCUCAGCAGUUUCUCAUUGGAAUCUAUUUUUGAAGCUUUUCUGUUGCAAAAUUGCCACCUUUAAAUCUGUUACUGAGCGGCCAGAGGGGGUUGAAGUGUUCUCCUACCGGUUUUUGAAUGGUAUAAUCCCUGAUGUCAUGUUAGUGUGUCUAGCACUUCAGAGAAUAAAUGUGACAAACUGGAAGAUUUUGCGUAUCAAAGGGAUCUAAAAUGUAGUGGCUAAACUAUAAGUCACUUUAGGCAGCUUUCCAAGAAGGUUAAUGCUAAGGAUGAGUACUUUCUUGAAGAAUCAUAUAAAGAAAGAGCUUCUACAAGAAGCAGCGAUUCAGCAAAAAAAAAAAAAAAAAAAAAACCCACACCUGGUAAAACUGGUUUAUAAGCCAAGCUUUGCCACCCCUCAGUUUCGCAACUCAUGAUGCUUAGGAGCAGAGCGGAGACUUUUCCGACUAUGCUUUCCCCUUAAAGCCUUCCAGCUAAAAAUUAUGGCAGUUAAACCUUUUAAAUACUUUAUCUCAAAGCCUUAAUUGUACAGUUUUCCUUUAGAAAUAUUUAACUAAAUUUUUAGUAUACCUGUGCCUAAGAGAAGCAUUGUCUAGUUAGAGCAAGAGACCUGAGUCAGUAGUGUUGGGUUUUGUUCCCCCUCUACCGCUGACUGGCUAUCUAGCCUUAGGCAACUCACUAAGAGCCUGAUUUUCAGAAAUGCUGAGUCCCUACAAUUCCCAUGAAAGUCAAUGGAAGCUGCAGAUACUCAGCCUCUUUGAAACACGGCCCACUGAUUUCUUUGUUUACCCAGGCUACAAAGUAGGAAUAACAAGACUUCCCUUGCUCACAUGUGUGCUGUCAGGGUUAAUUAAUUAGAAUUUACAAAGCACCUGGAGAACUUGGGAUAAAAAAUUCAAAAGGUUUUGAAUAUUAUAGAAAACAAAUGUAUACACAAACAAGAAAAUUAAAAGCAUGCAAACAUUAGUAAUGUGCACUUAUAUACCCCCCUUCAUCUGACAUUUUUUUCCAAGUGCUAUACAAACAAUUAAGCAACACAAACUCCCUAAGAUGAGUGGUUAGUAAUGGUUUUAUCUGACUGAUGGAGAAACACACAGAGAGAAGUUAAGUGAUUUUUCCACAGUUGCACCAUAGGUCAAUGAGAGAGCGCGGACUUUUUCCUAGUGUUCCUGCUCUAAUCACUGCCAAACUCCCUUGUGAUGAGAAAUAAGUUAAAACCCACAAUUCCUAUAAAAAGGAAUAUUUUACCUUUCUUAAAAGGAAAAAAAGGGGAAAAAAGAAUAGAUAAAGAGUUACUAAUAUACUUGUCAAGGAAAGAAAAGAAUCACAAAGGGAUUCAAACAUACUGAGAUGGUUAUACUAUCUAUCUAUCUAUCAUUUCUCUGAAAAUUGCUUAUUGCUUAUCUCAAUUGUGAGAGCCUGACAUAAGAACUUUUCACUAAAUAUAAGUUUCUUCUUUAACCAUCUCUGUAGGUUUGAUCCUGAUUGCAGUCUUUCUUUCCUUGGAAGGUGUGCUAGUCACCUUGUUUUUGACAAAUAUUAAAGUGCCUUGUCAUCUAUUUUUUUACAGUAGGCAUGGAAGUACUGUUUAUUAUAUUUUUAUAGGCUUUGGAGGGCUCAUAAUUUAUGGCUAUCUUCUAAUUGCAAAUAUAAGGAGGGGCAAUUAAACCAGAUUCUUUCCAGUUUAUUUUUUUCAUCCUGCCCUUAAUCCUUUUUGUUUCCUUCCUCAGUGGGCUAUGGGUUGUCCUUCAUACUAGCUAAGCUGAGAAUGACAGCAUAGUCUUUUUGUGACACGCACUGUGAUGCUACCAAAAGGUAGCUACUGAAGCAGAGUAAGCAACCAGUUUAGCUUGCCCUGAAACUAGCUAUGAGGUAUCCUCUGGUUCCUUUGGUGAACGAUUUGACCUUUCCUCUUCUCUUUUUUUGGUUUUGUUUGCCAUUUGGGUUGUUGUUGAUCCUACUGAUUAUCUGGCUUCACCUUUUACUCAAUGAAGCCCAAGUGCCCCGUGCCAAAGAAAUAAAGAAGCCAUCUUCUGAUCAGUCUGAUGACAAUGCAGACCCUAAAUCUGAGAAUGAGUCCACAGGGAAUAAAAGCUGGAGUGAGAUACCUGCUAUGGAGUUCCAAAAGGAGAUGUGGAUGAAGGCCCCUAAGGGGCCCAAGCCGGCUUAUCUGAGUUCAAAACCAAGAGUCGAAACAAAAGGUCUCUUUACUGCAAUCUCGGACAGUCUGUCAUGGGCUCAGGGGACAAGGCUAUGUCGCUUUGAGAAGAAUGCCCUGUAUAAUAUCAUAAUGCUACUGUGCACCCUGCUUCUCUCUCUCAUCUGGAACUUUGGCUGCCAAUUGCUUGAGAUCUCCAAUGUCGUGAUGAUUCAGCUGCUGCCAUCAUCGCUGGUUAUCUGCACAGCUCAGCUUUUCACCCUACUGAGAGGAAAGGUUGUGAAAAUCUUGGACUCCCUGAGACUAGAAAUCAGAGGGCUGUCUGCUUCAUUCACUGGGAGGAGAUAUGAGAAAACUGAAGUAAAGUGAUGCAGCAAUAUGCAUGGUGGUUCCAAAGUGGAGAACUACAUUGGUGUGCAAAUAAAACAAGUGGGGAUGUUGCCACGAGCAGUAACCUAUACAAUGUCCUUGAGAGCAGUUAGUGUGGAACAGAGGCAUAGAAAUUCUCUAAUCUUGACUAUGUGUUCCUUUGUUUUUUUUCUUUUAAUCUAGAUUCUAGUGGAUUAGCAUAUACACACACACCCCCACCCCACAACUGGCUUCCAUGUGGAUAAUAUCAAUAGACCAAGUACUGUUAGUUGAGCGGACACCUUUUGCCAGGACCAACCUCUCAUUUCAAACACUUAAGGCAAUGAAUGUCAGUUGAUUGUUCAAGCACCAUUACGCUCCCAAUGACAUAGAAAAUAACGGGUCAUAUUUCAAUCAGCCCAUUGUUUUUCUGGUCUCUAACUUGUAAGACCCCAAAUGUUGGAGAUGAGCAGAUUUUUCAGUUCUCAGCUUCUGAGAAAUGGAACAAACCUACCUUAGAUUGCUAAUGGGUUCAUUGCUGCACAAUAUAUAGAGACACUGGGCACAAGACUUCUCCAUUCGUGCCCAGUGUUCCUGGUGGAUUCUUUUUAAGCACUUAGCAUCUUGUGCAUAUGAUAUCAGGUUGUGCCCCAAAAGGGUACAUUUGUGCUCAGAAAUUUAAAUUGCCUCUACUAGGUGCAGGGACUGUAGGGCUGAUGAAAAUGGGGGGAGCCACUAAUUUGUGUCCUAAGGGAAUACCUGAUAGACACAUUAUAAGCAGAAGGGACACGGACUAUUGCAUUGAGCUCAGUAAGUUCUUGACAAAUCUUUAAAAGGGCAGCAGAUCACAACCACACACAAGCUGUAUCAUUGUUCAGCAAUCAAAGCAUUCACAGAGUUUGAAAGAACCUUUGUUUUCCUAGAGAAGUUCUGUAAAUAAGUUGCCCUGCAUAGAAGUACAUGAAAGGACUGCAUAAUUAUUGUAUUAACCUAUGCUAUUGAUGCAGCAUGUCUUGUGUAUGUUGUCUUCUCUUAAGACAUUUAUAAAAAACAGCUAUUACAUUUCCUGGGACUUCUCUGGUUGCUAAAUUCUAAAUAAAACAUGUGGCAA